GGAGCUACCUCCUUACUCUCUAGAGUUUGAUUUGGGUCAACAAGAGAGAUCCAUAAUUUGUUCUUUGCAUUUGUACUAACAUAAAUUUUCUGGUGCUUUAGUUGCAGGCACAAUCUCAUGUCCUUGGAAACUCAGCCUUGAAACUGACUUUACAAUGAAACAAUUUCAGGGAUAAGCAUCCUUGAAUUUGAACCUAUAAAUACACCCUGCUUGAACCACUGUCAAUCACAUCAUCAAGUUUCAAAAAAUAAAAACUUGUUAGCCCAAAUAGAGCUUAGCCAUCUCCUUUUUUGCUGAUAUAUAUCCAAUGGGUGUGACCACUUGCAGUGAUGAGUUCACUUCUCCAAUUCCUCCAGCCAGGCUAUUCAAAGCCUUGAUUGUUGACUCUCACAAUCUCAUCCCAAAACUCAUGCCAUUGGCUGUUCAGAGCAUUGAAAUUAUUGAAGGUGAUGGAGGAGCUGGAAGCAUCAGGCAGGUCAACUUUGCUGAAGGUAGCCAAGUGAAGUGCAUCAAGAACCGGAUCGAUGAGCUGGAUGAAAAGAACUUUUCAUACAAAUACAGUUUGAUUGAAGGCGAUGGAUUGAUGGAUAAGCUGGAGAAAAUUACGUAUGAGGCUAAGUUUGAGCCAACAGCAGAUGGUGGUAGCAAAAACAAGAUGAUAAGCACUUACUACACCAAGGGUGAUUUUGUGCUUACUGAAGAGGAAGUUAAGGCUGGCAAGGAAAAGGCCUUGGCUAUGUACAAAGUUGUGGAAGGCUAUCUCAUUCAGAACCCUGAUGCUUAUGCUUGACCAAAAUCUGAUGUUUAUGUCUUUGCAUAUGAUGCUCAAGGGGUUUUCAGUGUCUGCUGUGUUACACUACUCUAGCUUUUAGCUUGGAACUGGCAAUAACUGCCUUAUUAAUAAGGAUUGAAACCCACCCAAAUCUUUGGUGUGGGUUUAGUCAAUGUUUGAAUGUGAUAAGAUUAAGAAUAUUAUGCAAGAAAAAAAUAUUAAUACCCAAUUCAGGUAUC